AUGCAUGUCAGAACUUUUGUAUUAAUUGGUUUUCAUCGAAGUUUAGUCGUUGAUGGCAUUGACAAUAUUAGAAUUUCUCUUUUUAAAUUUUAUUGGAAACAUGAUAAAUUCACUUUUAAAGCUUUUCAAUUGUCAUGUUCAGUGACCAGUGAAACCUCAUUCAAUUCCAUCAAGUCAGACAUUGGGUUAGAUAAAACUCAAAAAAGAAUAUUAAUUAGAGUUAUUAGCAUUUUCCAAGCUAAAAAUUUUUCUUCGGACUUUUCCUUACUUUAA